CAGGUUGUUGGGGGCGGGCAGCGGGAGCGCGGCGCAGCGCGGAGCAUCGCCUCCUGCCCGCGAAACUUAGCGGGGAGGAAGAAGAGGAGGAAGAAGAGGAGGAGGAGGAGGGAGGCCCCGCCAUGCCGGGCCCCGCGGGGCAGCACCCCUGGGCGCGGGGGGGCGGCGGGGCCCCGGGCGGGCGCUGAGCGGUGCCUGGAUGCUGCCGUGUGCCCGUUCCCGGCCCCGGCCCCGGCCCCACCGAACCCCGAGGCCGCGGGGACGGGCUGCUGCCGGCCCCAUAGAGCCGGGGGGGGCUGCGGCCCCGUCCCGAGGAAAGCGAAGAUUUAGGUGGGAAACUUUGGGAUUUCGGCAAAGCUCCGAAGAUGCCUUUCCACCCGGUCACCGCCGCGUUGAUGUACCGGGGCAUCUACAGCGUGCCCCCGCUGCUGGCCGAGCAGCACCCGGUGGACAUCCCGGAGGACGAACUGGAGGAGAUCCGCGAGGCCUUCAAGGUGUUCGACCGAGACGGCAACGGCUUCAUCUCCAAGCAGGAGCUGGGCACGGCCAUGCGCUCACUGGGCUACAUGCCCAACGAGGUGGAGCUCGAGGUCAUCAUUCAGCGCCUCGACAUGGACGGUGACGGACAGGUGGACUUUGAGGAGUUUGUGACACUGCUGGGGCCCAAGUUGUCCACGUCGGGCAUCCCUGAGAAGUUCCACGGCACCGACUUCGACACCGUCUUCUGGAAGUGCGACAUGCAGAAGCUGACGGUGGACGAGCUGAAGCGGCUCCUGUACGACACCUUCUGCGAGCACCUCUCCAUGAAGGACAUCGAGAACAUCAUCAUGACGGAGGAGGAGAGCCACAUGGGCACGGCCGAGGAGUGCCCCGUCGAGGUGGAGACCUGUUCCAGCCAGCAGAUCCGACAGACCUGCGUGAGGAAAAGCCUCAUCUGCGCCUUCGCCAUCGCCUUCAUCAUCAGCGUGAUGCUCAUCGCCGCCAACCAGGUGCUGCGCAGCGGCAUGAAGUAGCGCGGAUACGGGGUGUCCGUGUGGGUCUGUAUGGGAUGCCCGUGUGGGUCCAUAUGGGGUGUCCGUGUGGGUCUAUAUGGGAUGCCCACCCGCUGCGAGCCAGGAACAGCCUGGGAUGGAGAGAAGAGCCCGGCGCAGGGUGAGCGUGGAGCUCGCACGGCUGCCUGCAGGACACACUGACUCAGAGACACGCACACCAAACUAAACCCUGCCAGCAAAUACUCAGUGCAUGCACCGUGCAUGGAGCCCGUCUGCUGCCCCAUCCCUCGGAGCCGGGACGACCCGGUGCCGGAUGCACCACUAUAGCCUCUAUAGCUCGAUAUUUAUGAUAAAAAACAGAAGAAAACACACACACAGAAACCAACCAAACCAUCUCGUAAGCAAUACGCCGCGCUGAGAUGUUUUUCUCUUCGGAGAUCCGGGAGCGUUUGCAUGGACGUCGCUGCCAAGGGCUGGAUGUCACCCCCCGCCCCCCCCUGCCCCGCGCCGUGCCUCAGUUUCCCCCCCCUCCAUCCCUCCAGACGGGGCUGGCACUGCCGACCUCAGCUUGAUGCACUUUGCAAGGACCCGCCGGGAAGAGCCGCGCAUCCCGGGGGCCCCCCCUGCCCCCCAACCUCCCCCCAGCCUGUAUGUAGCACCCCGGCACCGGACUGGUUCGGAUGCGGGUCCGUUUCUCAUUCUUUAGGUUCUGUUGGAUUUCCCCCCCCUCCCCCUUUUUCUUUCCCAUUAUUUUCUCCCCCCCAUUCCCUUCCCGGUUGGUUGUUAUCGAUCUGAAAUAAAUCUGGGAUUUCUGAA